AACCCUGGUUCGGUAGUGAACUCUAAACCGGGCAAGAAAUUCUUCAGCCUUCUUCCCGGAGAAAUUGUUCUUGCUACCAUGGAUGGAUUCAAUAAGGUCUGUGAUGCUGUAGAAGUAGCUGGAAGGAAUGUCAUGUCCACUUCAUCAGUUGUUACCACCGGACUCGUUUCACAUAAAUAUGGAGAAGAAGCAGCUCAGGUUACAAAUGAAGGCCUUGACGCUGCAGGGCAUGCAAUUGGAACAGCUUGGACUGUGUUCAAACUUAGGAAAGCACUCAACCCAAAGAGAGUGAUCAAACCAAACAAAGCUGCUGCCCGAGCAAGCUCUGCUGAACUGAAGGCUAAGAAAUAACUAGUGUGGCAACAUAAGA